CUUCACGCUCACUUGACUGGCAGCAUAAGCCGCCAGUGUCUGUACGAAAUCUGGCAGACCAGGCUAUCCUUGGAUCCCAACUUCACCCUGCAGAACCCUAUUACCGCCAUUUCAGGCAAAGUGGAUUACGAUCUGCAUACCUUUUUUCCACUGUUUUCUUCCUACAUAUACACAUUAUGUAGCGACAGGAGUAGCAUUGAAUAUAGCACCAAAGCUGUGCUAGAUGAGUUCGAAGCAGACGGCGUGGUAUAUCUGGAAUUGAGGACUACUCCACGAGCGAUUCCGAAAGAGAAUAUCUCCAAAGAUGACUAUGUGCAGCUGGUGUUACAGUGCAUCAAAGCUCACAAUUCAAGACCAGAUUGCAAGAUGACAUCCAAACUAAUCCUCUCCGUCGACCGUCGUUGGAACACCGUAGAUGCCGAAGAAGUCGUCAAUCUAACCCAGAAAUACCAGUCCUCUGGCGUCGUUGGUAUCGACCUCUGCGGCGAUCCUUCAAAGGGCGAUAUUUCACUGUUCAGAGCUCCAUUCUGCCGUGCUAAAGACGCCGGUAUCCCAAUAACGCUCCACUUUGCUGAGUUCGACGGUACCUCCACAGACAAAGAUCUCUCCGAACUCCUCAGCUGGGGACCGAGCAGGCUGGGUCACGUUGUGCACGUACAUGAUGAUUUCAAAAGACAAAUAGUUUCUCGCCAGAUUGGUGUCGAGCUAUGUCUAAGCUGCAACGUCCAUGCAAAGAUGAUCGUUGGCUCGUACCCUGAUCACCACUUUGGUUGGUGGAGGCAGCAUCCAAAUCUUGUGGCUCUCGGCACUGAUGAUGUAGGCAUCUUUUGCAGUCCACUGUCUGAAGAAUAUGCUCUGGCGGCACGUCACUUUGAUCUCACAGUUUCAGAUGUGAAGAGAUUAUGCGAGGGUGCAAUCAGUCAGGCAUUUGCGUCGGACGAUGAGAAGCAGCGGCUAAUGCUACAGCUGGAUAGUUGGUUCACCGAUCGAGGCUUGGCUUGACUGUCGCGGUGCCAUCCAAUCCUUGUGAUAUCAACUAAAGGUUUUACCAUGAGAUAGCUAUCAGCCGGUUUCUCCUUCAUGCUUCAAAUAGGAGAUAAAGCCAUAGCCAUCUCGGAGGCCAUGCAAAUCAUCUCAAGUAGUUAUACCGGACCUGAAGCAUACAAACCCGAUAUCGCCAAAGACCAUUGCAAGUUAUGUAGAAAUUCAAUAAUCUUACAUGACAUUAGACUGG